CCAAAUAAGGGAAGGGCUGGCUGAAUAGGCCAUGCUGAUAACACUAUCAACAGCUUUCCCUAAAUGCUUCUCUCCUGAAAGGGAUAGGAAAAGGGUUUUCCUUCUUUGUUUUUCAAGUGAAGUUAGACAGUUUCCUUGUAUAUAAAAAAGGACACCGGCAGACUCAAAACAGUUGACUCUGCAAGCAGCUUUGAAAGGGAGCAGAUGAGAGCAAGAGGGCCUCUCGUGGGUUAUUGUGUGUUGUUUGAUGGGAAAGGAGACAGUCUGAGAGAUGAUGAGAAGAAAGAGUGACAAGGAUGACAGCAUCAGCCUCAUUGUGGAGAAGGCUGCACCGGAGGAACACUAUGGCAGUCUUGACACAAACGCAGGAAUGAUUGAAAAGAUUAAUGGACAGGAAAAGGAUAAAGAAGACCCAAAAAAGGAGAAGAGUUUAAAUGUGUUCAGUGAUGGAGUCACACAAAUAGACUUCGUACUGGUGUGGGAGGAGGACCUGAAGGGGAAACCGAAGGAGGGCGAACCUAGCAAGCACAAAGGCCAUUCUCCGAAUGAGAACCACGAGAAAUGGAGGCAGACUUUCCUCAAGAAACUGGAGAAAAGUGGCAUACGAAUCGAGAUGCAUUCUGUUCAAAGUGAGAAGACUGACAUUACCUAUGUGCUCCUCAACGCCCCCUGGACUGUGCAGUGCUACUACGCCGAGGAGCUCAGCCUCCGGGUCCCACUGCAGGUUGUGCCCCACCAGGUAUCGAACUGGUCAGACAAAGCCCUGAAGAAGAUGGGGAUCUCCAACAUCAUGUACCAAGAGGUCCCCAAUAAUCCACCUGACUUCUACACCUGCCAAUUCAGAGUCAGCAAGCUACAGAGAUUCAUUGGAAGUGAUAAUCCAGACACUUUCUUCAAAAAUACACAACGUCACCAAAUGCUGUAUGAGAUCCUGGCCCGGACGCCCUAUGGAUCACUGAAGAGAGGACAGGUUGGGAUCGACAGGCUGGUCAACGAAGAUGUUUUCAAAGCUGCCUACCCGCUACACGAUGGUCCGUUUAAAGUCCCGCCCGGAAACCAGGAUCCCAAAUCACUAAGCCUGCGUCAGAUCUUGUACGUGUACUGGGGUCAAUGGAAGUGCUGGUAUAAGUACCAGCCCCUGGACCACAUCCGGCAAUACUUUGGGGAGAAAAUCGCCCUCUACUUCGCCUGGCUGGGUUUUUACACAGGGUGGUUGUUACCUGCUGCUGUAAUUGGAACACUGAUUUUCAUCUUCGGGAUUUUCCUGAUGCUGAUUGACGAGCCAGCGAAGGAAAUAUGUGAGAGUGGAGAUAAAUAUGUUAUGUGUCCCCUGUGCAACAUCUGUGGCUUCUGGAACCUAUCCAGCAUCUGCAGCACAUUCAAGGCCGGCCUCCUGUUUGACUAUGGCGGGACAGUGUUCUUCAGUAUUUUCAUGGCUCUGUGGGCUGUCACCUUCCUGGAGUACUGGAAGCGCACCAAUGCCAUUCUGGCGCAUCACUGGGACUGCUCCGAGUUUGAGGAGAUUGAGGAGCGUCCACGGCCCGAGUUCACAGCGAUGGCCCCGAUGACCCUGCGUAACCCCGUGACCGGUUCGGAAGAGCCCUACUUCCCUGAGAGGAGCCGACUCAACCGGACAGCCACCGGCUGCAUGGUCAUCAUUAUCAUGAUCAUUGUGGUCCUCAUGUUCCUCAUCUCGAUCAUUCUGUACCGAACCAUCAUCAGCAUCUUCCUCUACCGCUCUGGAAACAGCAUCUUUGUGUCCUCGGCAUCUAGAAUCGCCAGUAUCUCAGGCUCUGUACUCAAUCUGCUAGUCAUCAUGAUUCUGUCCAAAGUCUACACCAGUCUCGCCCAAUUCCUCACCAGAUGGGAAAUGCACAGGACUCAGACUAAAUACGAAGACGCCUUCAUUUCCAAAGUCUUUUUGUUCCAGUUCAUCAACUUCUACUCCUCUCCCAUCUACAUUGCAUUCUUCAAGGGCCGGUUUGUGGGCUACCCUGGACACUACCAUACUUUACUGGGAAUCCGAAACGAAGAUUGUGGUGCUGGAGGCUGCCUCAUUGAACUGGCUCAGGAGCUGCUGGUCAUCAUGGUGGGGAAGCAGGUCAUCAACAAUGUGCAAGAGUUCAUCCUGCCGAAGGUGAAGAGUUGGUUUCAGAAGAAGAAGCUGAAGAUGAGGAAUGGGGAGGAAGAGUCUGAUGAGGUGCACACCCCUCCCUGGGAGGCAGACUAUGAGCUGCUGCUAUGUGAGGGGCUCUUUGACGAGUACUUGGAGAUGGUGCUGCAGUUUGGUUUCAUCACAAUCUUCGUGGCGGCCUGCCCGCUGGCCCCCCUCUUCGCUCUCCUCAAUAACUGGGUGGAGAUCCGCUUGGACGCUCAGAAGUUUGUGUGUGAGUACCGGCGGCCCGUGGUGGAGAGGGCCCAGGGGAUUGGGAUCUGGUUCCAAAUCUUGGAGGUCAUCACCCAUCUCGCCGUCAUCAGCAAUGCUUUCUUGCUUGCCUUCACCUCAGACUUCCUUCCGCGCCUCUAUUACCGCUACAAGAACCACGGCAGCCUGGUAGGAUAUGUCAACUUCACCCUGGCCUACGCACCCGAGGACUUCUCAAAUCACACCCAGUGCAGGUACAGAGAAUACAGACAAGUCAAUGGGGAUUAUUCACCGACCUAUUUCAACUUAUUGGCGAUUCGGUUGGGAUUUGUCAUUAUCUUCGAGCACAUUGUGUUCUUCAUCGGUCGUAUAAUUGACCUGAUUGUACCAGACAUCCCAGAGGAAGUAGAGAUCAAGGUGAAGAGGGAGCACUACAUUGCCAAAGAGGCCCUGGCUGAGAACCAGGCUUUGGGAAAAGCACUUUUGGAAGAGACAGACCAGCAACCCGAACUCAGGGAACGGCACAAGCCAAAACCUUAUGGAGGCCAUGAUUGAACGAGCUCUGCAAUCCCGUCUGGAGCAGGCGACUCUGUCACCAACACUCCCCCCCAUCCCUGAGGACCAGCAGCCAUCCUGAGGGGGUCCAGCCUGUCCCAGAAGAUCACAGUCAUCUCUGGCUUGAACAAACAUUGCCUCCCAUCACACAGCCUGGAGCUGUCAAAUCAUUCGACUUCUCUGAUAAUCAAAUCAGCAUGUUCCCGAAAACCAGUCUCAAACUGAAGCCUUACCUCCAUGGUUUUUAUGUCUUUAUUCACAACAGUCAUAGUUUAUGUUACUCGAUAUCCAGAGACUCUACAGAUCAUUUUGUGUGUUAAAUGUCUACAGAUUCGAAGUCUACAGAGUCAAAGAAACUUUUUGUUAACCAUACAUUGGGAACAGAUUGCCAAGUGUAAUCAAAAAUACAAAUGCAAAUGUCUGUUUAACAUACCUUUGACGUGUAAUAGAACAUUAGAAACCAAUAUCGUCAAUUGCAAGGGAAUGAUUGUGUAUGGUUGUACUGUAAGUAUGCUUGUGAUUAAAGGUUACAUUUGCCAACUCUACAAAUUAAUUCUAUCUGAUUGAUUUUUUUUGUAUUGCAAUAUAUAGUUUUCUUUUAUGAAGAUGGUUUUAAACACAAGGUCAGUCAUUUUAUCUAUACCCAGUAUUAGUUUGCAUUCAAAUGGCCUCAUCUAUUUCCAUAUGUAUUAAAAGGUAUAAAGUGUGCUUUGUUAACACUAGUAAAAUGGUGUAAAAUCAUUCAAAUUUACACCAUUGAAAUUAUUGGUUUCCAAAAACAUGCGGAAAACACUAUUUAAAUACUAGAAAUGUGAUUUAAACAGGAGCUUAAUGCCCUGCGGGGCAGUAUUAGUUGUAUUUAUAACAAAAAGAGGCUGUUUUCUGUUGUAUCUCAAUGGGCUGUAUAAACCUGGCACAAAACCAUACACAGCAUUUCUGCUAGGAAAAAACGUAGCCUGUCACAAUGACCUGUUACUUAAUAUUUUACUGAUGUUGUGUAAUAUUCUGCAUCCCCUUGAAUUCUGCAUCCCCUGACAUUACCCUUUAUAAAAUAAGAUGAAAGUUCUUCAGUUUAAAAUAUGUUUCAGUUAAAUUCACUGCGUAGCUUUAUUUUCAAAUGACAAAAUAUGUACAUUUAAACUAUUUGUAAACCAACGCAAAUAAUUUUUUAAUGUAAAAAAGAUUGCCAUGAGCAAAUUACUCUUACUCACACAAGUCAGCACUGUUGGAUGAUGACUCAUGAAUGUGCAAUCCUCCUGCUCAAAACAAUCACAACUAAAAAUGAAACUGCGCAUGCGGCAAUCAGUCAGGAGAUGCAGAAUUCAACAGCGGAACGCUUAUUACACGGAUAACUAAAGCCAUUUUCACAAGUUUUGCACAGCCUGGGUAUAUCUGAUUAUAGUCACGCACAAGAACAUUACAUGCUGACUGAAAUUUUAAUCCUUCAUAGCCACAGAGAGUGCGAAUCAUAUUAAAGCGUCUUUUCUUGCAUCCUGUGCAUUUAUUACAAGUGCUGUGAUACUCCUGAUCUCCAUUUCUCUUUACCAAAAUGGUCAAUCACAACAUUGAUGGCUGGGUCGGCAUAUGGUUGCAAGUCACUGUCACUGUUUGAUUAUUUGUCUGGGUUUAAAAAAAUGUCAAUGCAUGUCAGAAUAUCCAGAUAAUUUUCUGGAAAUCUUGCUAUUAACGAGUCGAUGAGCUCUUGAAUGUAGUUAGCCGAAACAUUGUUACAGGAUCUAAUGCUCCUCUCAUCUGUGUAUGACAUUUUGAUGCCCCUGUAAACGUGUAAGGAUGAAACUGUAAGUGUGAAUUUGCUUUAGUAACCCCUGUGUUUGAGCAUUCCCAUUAGUUGCCUUUUCAUCAAGUUCCAACACAAGGGGCGGUAUAGCACCCAAUUCAGUAUCCCCUCAGAAAUCUGUAUCCCAGGUGCAUUGCACAUGCAUAAAAUGAGAUCGUCCCACGGGCACGGCUGAUUCUUCUUUUUCUCGUGUCUGAUGUAAAAUACGAGUGAUGUGCAUGUGCAGCAGUGGUCAGCUGCGUUUUGUAAUCAUUUACUAAUGUUUUUGACAGGACGACAUGAUGUUUUUGUGAUAUGUAGUCAGCUAUGGUCUGUUUUCAUUAAAGUAUUUGACAAUCAAUAAAUCUUUAUUUUAUAUAGUGCCUUUCAUAGUGGUCCACCGUCACAAAGUGCUUUACAAGAUGCAG